CUUCAUGUUUGUAUUUACCAUCAGUACUACACUACCGAACGAUUCAGUAUGGUGUCACAAACAGAUGUUGGGGGUGUUGUCACAAACAGACGCGACACCCGCCCUCCCGCGUUCCAGCGUUGCCAGGAGCCGGGCCCGUGUCCGGAUCGCCGCGUUCUGAUCGCCGCGUUCGGAUCGCCGUGUCCGGGUCGCCGUGUCCGGAUCGCCGCGUUCGGAUCGCCCUGUUCGGGUCGCCGUGUCCGGAUCGCCGCGUUCGGAUCGCCGUGUCCGGGUCGCCGUGUCCGGAUCGCCGCGUUCGGAUCGCCCUGUUCGGAUCGCCGUGUCCCGGGUCGCCGUGUCUCGGGUCGCGGCUUCCCCGCGGCCGGGACCCUCUCCUCGCACCCCCGCAGGCUCCCGCAGGCUCUAUGUCGUCGCCGGGGCGGUCCGAGGCGGCGGAGCAGACUCUGCUCGUGGGGAACUUGGAGAGCCGGGUCAGGGAGGAGAUCCUCUACGAGCUCUUCCUGCAGGCUGGCCCAUUAACCAAAGUGACGAUUUGUGAGGACAAAGAAGGAAAACCUAAGUCUUUUGGAUAUGUCUGCUUUAAACACAAAGUAUCAGUGCCUUAUGCAAAAGCUCUGCUGGACGGAAUCCGUUUGUAUGGAAGACCAAUUACUGUGCAGUAUUGGAGGGAAUCAAACUGCACAAUUCAAGACUGCACAGAGUUCUCCUGAAUUCCUGAAUUGGCCAUAUCCAAGUGACAUAUCCAAGUGCACCAAGCAGGACGAAAGAAAGAGAAAAUGGCAAAGUUGUGACAAUGACACUAGUACUGAAGAUAAUAAAAGGAAACAAAGACAGCAUGGCCAAAACUGAGGGGGAAAAAAAAGCCAAGAAAAAGACACAUUAUUACUGGAUAAAUAUUUUUUGUUAUUAUAUUUGCUUUCAUCUUUGAACUUUAUUAAAGAAGGAAUGUUAAAGAUUCAUAGUAUUUUUGAAAUGUGUUAAGCAUGGAAACUUAGAAUAUCCUGGGUUGUAAGGGUCAUCGAGUCCAGCCUGACCUGCACCCUCCAUGCUGUCUCCCUUCCCAUCCCCUCCCAGCACACCAGCCCUCUCGGGAACAAGCUCUCCCCAAAACCCUACCAGAGCCCACUAAACUCGCAAGUUCUGGCUUUUGUGCCCCUUCUACAUUGUCUGCUACAACUGAAAGUCUGGCUGGCUCCACUGCACUUGCAUUGACCCUUUAAGUAGCUGCAAAUUUCAUAUGCCCAGCUACACCAACUUCUUACCUUUACUUAUCCUUAAUAAAAGGCAUUGAUUUGAAAUAUAUCCACAGAAUAGUUAAUUGGUGGCUCUUGAGACCAUUUUGUCUAAUUACACCCCCGAGGCAGGGUCACCUGGAGAUGAAACAGGAAUGUGUGGACGGAGGUUUCUGUCUUGAACGUCUCCGGAGAAAGAGACUCCACAAAUUCUGGGAAAACUGUCCCAGUGCUCUACCACCCUCAAUGUAAAGAAGUCCUUCCUCAUGUUAAGGUGAAGUUUGGUUGUUCAUU